AUGAUGCUGGCCCCACUGCUCGCAGCCGCACUCAGCUCAUGCUGCGUCGCAAUUCCAGUCACUUUCAAGGCUGAUUUUCGAGGCCGAAAGGUGGCCCCCGGAGGUCCACAUCUUGUCGGAAGCUUUCAAAGCUGGGACAUCCCAAGUGCCGUUGCUUUGGGAGACGACGACGCAGAUGGAAUUUAUGCAGCAACUCUGGAUUUGCCUGCGGGCUCCUACGAGUUCAAGUUUCUCAAUGGCAGCGCUUGGGAGCAUGCGGAGAUUUUGCCGAUGGCAUGUAGCACUGCCGACCCGUUCGCUUACUACUAUGGCUACGGUGAUGAGAAUGCUCACCGUCGUCUCCACAUUGGGGAGAAUGCGACCUCCGCUAACAUGCACGCAUGCUUCAACGAAUGUGAACCUUGCGAUGGUCUUGCUCUCUGCACGGCUUUCGAUUGUCCUCCUUACUACGGUUUGAAGAGCAGCGCAUGGGAGCUCACCGGUGAGUCAAGGGGCACAUGCUGCGACGCACUCAGCGGCGGCGAAGGUUCGAUUGUGGUGCGCAGCGCGGGGUAUUCUGACGGCAACUACGCCCAGUUCUGGCUGAAAGGGGAUCUCCUCUACGCGACGGCUGCUCGGGGGCUGACUGUCGUUGAGUUGCGACCCGGAUCCCUCGGCGAGUACAUCGUGAAACACACGGAGACCUUUGACACUUUCGUGGAUUCGUCCAAGCUGGAAAGCUAUCUGUCCGCCGUCGCCGCUGGCAAUCUGAUCCUCAUGGCCGCCGUAGACGAGGCUUCGGCCAUGCUGAGCCAAGAGAACUGCUACCCUGCCGUCGGAGACCGCAUCACGCAGCUACCCUCCGUAUAUGUGAGCAAAAGCAUUGAUAGCUACCUGUGGGGCCGAGUCCAUCCAGCAGAUGGCGUUCAGGAGCUCCUAUGCGCUCAUCGGGCAGAAGGGGGGGAGUGCCUUGUCCGAGGAGAUAUCGCCUGA